AAGUUAGUUGACUCGCAGAGAGGUGAAGCUUUCCGGCGGUUCCUGCUACAGUUGGCAUUGAAGACCUUCAACCUGCUGGAAGCUGGAGGAUGGAGGUCGAGCUGCCACCCGAGCUCACAGCAAUGUCCCUCGGGGAGAAUGGAAGCACCCGGCUGGGGCCAGACACGGCCCUGAUGCCCCCAGGGCAGGGCACGGCCAUGUUUGUCAUCCGUUGUGUCAUCCCUUCGCUUUACCUGCUCAUCAUCACCGUGGGCUUGCUGGGCAACGUCACCCUCAUGAAGAUCUUCAUCUCCAACAGCGCCAUGAGGAGCGUGCCCAACAUCUUCAUCUCCAGCCUGGCUGCUGGUGAUCUGCUGCUGCUGGUGACCUGCGUGCCCGUGGAUGCCUCCCGGUAUUUCUCCGAGGAGUGGCUCUUCGGGGAGGUGGGCUGCAAGCUCAUCCCUGCCAUCCAGCUGACUUCUGUUGGUGUCUCUGUCUUCACCCUCACCACCCUCAGCGCCGACAGGUACAAAGCAAUUGUGAAUCCCAUGGACAUCCAGACCUCCAGUGCGGUGCUAUGGACCUGCAUCAAAGCCAUUGCCAUCUGGGUGGUCUCCAUGCUCCUAGCAGUUCCUGAAGCGGUCUUCUCUGAACUGGCCCACAUCAAUGACACGGACAAUGCCACUUUCACAGCGUGCAUACCCUACCCCAUGACGGACGACAUGCACCCGAAGAUCCAUUCUGUGCUGAUUUUCCUGGUGUAUUUUCUUAUCCCCCUUGCCAUUAUCAGUAUCUACUACUAUCAUAUUGCAAAGAGUUUAAUAAAAAGUGCUCACAACAUCCCCGGAGAGUACAGUGAGCAUUCCAAAAGACAGAUGGAAACUCGGAAACGUCUGGCAAAAAUUGUUCUAGUUUUUGUUGGCUUCUUUGCUAUCUGCUGGUUUCCUAACCACGUGCUAUACAUGUACCGGUCUUUUAAUUACAAUGAGAUUGACCCAUCGACGGGACACAUGGUCGUCACCUUGGUGGCCCGAGUGCUAAGCUUCUGCAACUCUUGUGUCAACCCCUUCGCGCUGUAUUUUCUCAGUGAGAGUUUUAGGAGACAUUUCAACAACCAGCUUCGCUGCAGGAGGAAAGCUCAGCGAGAGAGAUCUGCCAGCUACUUGCGCAACUCUUCUGCCAUUCAGAUGAGUUCCCUGAAAAGCAAUACCAGGAACACAGUGACUAGCAUGACACAACUCAACGGGCACAACUUGAAACAAGAAAUGUCGUUAUGAUUUAAUAGGUGUGAUUUUUGACUGCGGAACAAAUUUGAACUUUUUCUUUGCAGUUCGUAACUCAGUUUUGGCUCUCGUAUGCUUCGACCAUCUGAGUCCUCGGAACAGAGGAUCUGUUAAGAGUCUGGACAAUCUGAGGAUAUUUCACACCUAGUCUUACUUUUACAUAGAAUCGAAGAGUAUGUUUUAUUGAGAAAACAAAUCUGGCUUUGUAUUGUACUUUAAAGGAGAUGCCAAUGUACAUUUAAAAUAUAAGAAAGAAAAAUAAUGGUGAAAAUAUCAGUGUGGCUGAUGAACACUGCUUUAAAAAGUAUAGAUUUUUAGAUCUGAAAAUUAUGUAUUUUUAACUGAGUAUUGAUCCAGGCUUAUGUCUUACUUUAAUAGCUUUUGCAUGAUUUUAGCUGUGCUGUGUGUACAAGCAGUGUUGAUUAAGAAUGGUAGGCAUUUUUUGAACCACUUAGGGAGCCAUUGCAAUGCAUAGAUUUUAGUUUCAGAUAAAAAAAUAUUCAAGUAUCGAGUGCCAGAUCUUUACCUCUUUUAAAUCCACCUUGUUUUUUCUCUUUGGCAGAUGUACAGUGAAAAUUUACUUUUUGGGAGUUCUGUUUGCUGUUGAGUCCAGCAGUUUAUCUGCUAAAAUUGCAUUCUUUUUGUGAUUAACAUCUUGAAAGAAAAAUGUUGUGUACAACAUGCAGGUUUUCUGGAACUGAAUGUCUGAAAGCUCAUUUUUCUGAUUUGUGAAUCUUAUGAUACUGUUUUAGAGUGUCUACAUGCUUUAUAUUUGCUACUACUAAAAGAUAUGGCUGGAGCAUCUCUCCUUUGAAGACAGGCUGAAAGAGCUGGGGCUGUUCAGCCUGGAG